GCCCAAGGCCUAAACACCCAUGAGGAUACAGGGGAAAGGGGGAACACCACACGGACUCUGGCGAGGGAACACGUGUGCAUGCGACAUGCACACAUUCUGGCCCCGCCUACGAGAUCCGCCGGGUGGUACCUCUGAGUUCGACAGUCAGAGACCGUCUACCACCUACAGACAAUCAUAACAUCCAUAGCCAAGAGAAACAUUUCUCUUGGGAGGGGAUUC